AUGCGUGUGGUGCAUGGUGGGCUCCAGGCCCAUUUGCACAUGUUUAUCUUUGAGAGAAAAAGGGAACUGAGAGACAGAGAUAAAGACUGGCUCGCAGGGCUGGCGGCUCCCACUCAGCCAAGCAGAGGCAUGUUGGAGGCCAGUUCCCAGCGCCGGACCCUACAAGGGGUCCGAGAUGAGGAAGAGGAUGAUGACUACGAGAACUCGACUCCCCCCUACAGAGACCUGCCUCCCAAACCAGGUAUGGUCCAAGAUGAGGAAGAGUAUGAUGACUACGAGAAUUUGACUCCCCCCUACAGAGACCUGCCUCCCAAACCAGGGGUCCAAGAUGAAGAAGAGGACGAUGACUACGAGAAUUCGACUCCCCGAUACAAGGAUCUGCCUCCCAAACCAGCCUCCGCCCUGCAGACCUUGCGCCCUCCUGUCAGGUUUUUCCCAAAGGUCCGUGAGUUGGCCCCGAAAAGUGGUCCUGCCCGCCUGCCUGCCAAGCCGCCGCCGCCUGGCCCCGUUCCUGCUGUGCCCAGAACCAGGAAGCCCCUGAAAUUCCCCCCGCUGGAGAAGCUAGUGGGUCCGCUGUGCUUCCUUCUGAUCCUGUCCUUGGUCCUCAGCGCCACUGCGCUGCUCAUUGCCCUGACCAAGUACCAGGAGGUGAUGAAGGAACUGAGGGGCCUGGCCCUCGAGCAGACGACCUGGCGGGCGAAUGUGACUGGCCCACAGGGACUUGAUGGCCUGAGAAAAGAUAUUGGCCGCCUUCAAGCGAACACCAACCGGUCCUUGGUGGAACUUCGGGGUCUGUUGGAAUGCUCCCGGCUGGUGUGUCCCGAGAAAUGGCUCCCCUUCGCAGGAGAGUGCUACUAUUUCUCCGAAAACACGGGGAACUGGGCCACGGCAAGAGCCUUCUGCCAGGAGCACUUUUCGCACUUGAUCAAGAUCGAGAGCCAAGAGGAGCAGAACUUUGUGGUCCAAAACCAGAAGUCCUCUUACGUCUUUUGGCUGGGACUGUCCGACAAGGCCCAGGAGGGCAACUGGAAGUGGCUGGACGGGUCCCCAGUGACGCUGAGCUUCUGGGCCCCCAAUGAGCCCAACAACCAGGACAGCAAGGAGCACUGCGGCAGCAUAAACCCGGGUGGCAGAUGGAACGACCUGCCCUGUGAGAGCACCCACUUCUGGGUGUGCGAGCGCAAGUGUGAUUGCCUCUGAGCCGACUCUUGGGGCUC